AUGGCUGGACACCUGGCUUCGGACUUCGCCUUCUCACCCCCACCAGGUGGGGGUGAUGGGUCAGCGGGGCUGGAGCCGGGCUGGGUGGACCCUCGAACCUGGCUAAGCUUCCAAGGGCCUCCAGGUGGGCCUGGAAUCGGACCAGGCUCAGAGGUAUUGGGGAUCGCCCCGUGUCCCCCGGCAUAUGAGUUCUGUGGAGGGAUGGCAUACUGUGGGCCUCAGGUUGGACUGGGCCUCGUCCCCCAAGUUGGCGUGGAGACUUUGCAGCCUGAGGGCCAGGCAGGAGCCCGAGUGGAGAGCACCUCGGAGGGCGCCUCCUCUGGGCCCUGUCCUGCCCGCCCCAGUGCCGUGAAGUUGGAGAAGGUGGAACCAAGUCCGGAGGAGUCACAGGACAUGAAAGCCCUGCAGAAGGAGCUAGAGCAGUUCGCCAAGCUGCUGAAACAGAAGAGGAUCACCUUGGGGUACACCCAGGCCGACGUGGGGCUCACCCUGGGUGUUCUCUUCGGAAAGGUGUUCAGCCAGACCACCAUCUGCCGCUUUGAGGCUCUGCAGCUCAGCCUUAAGAACAUGUGUAAACUGCGGCCCCUGCUGGAGAAGUGGGUGGAGGAAGCCGACAACAAUGAGAACCUUCAGGAGAUCUGCAAAUCGGAGACUCUGGUGCAGGCCCGAAAGAGAAAGCGCACGAGCAUUGAGAACCGUGUGAGGUGGAACCUGGAGAAUAUGUUUCUGAAGUGCCCGAAGCCCUCCCUGCAGCAGAUCACCACCAUCGCCAAGCAGCUUGGUCUGGAGAAGGAUGUGGUUCGAGUAUGGUUCUGUAACCGGCGCCAGAAGGGCAAAAGAUCAAGCAUUGAGUAUUCCCAGCGGGAAGAGUGUGAGGCUACAGGGACGCCUUUCCCAGGGGGGGCUGUAUCCUUUCCUCUGCCCCCAGGUCCCCACUUUGGUGCCCCAGGGUAUGGGAGCCCCCACUUCACGACACUCUACUCAGUCCCAUUUCCUGAGGGUGAGGCCUUCCCCUCUGUUCCCCUCACUGCUCUGGGCUCUCCUACGCAUGCAAACUGAGACCCCAACCCUCCCUGGGGUGACAUGAGCCAAGGCAAGGAAGGGAGGUAGUCACAGAGA